AUGGGGGUUCAAGGUCUGACCACUCUGCUGGAGAAGCACCGGGAGAUUUACCGGCCCGUCUGGUUCAGGAGGAGCCGGCUGGUGAUCGACGGCUGCAACAUCCUGUACCUGCUUUACUUUAACUCAGGUCUGGACCAGAGUCAUGGCGGGGAGUACGCUGCAUUUGAGGUUCUGGUUGAGAAGUUCGUCAAAGCCCUCAGAGACUGCGGGAUCUCGCCGUACGUGGUGCUGGACGGAGGCUCCGACCUCACCGACAAGAAGCUCGAAACUGUGACGCUCAGAGCUCAGGAUCGCAUCAAGAAGGCCCAUCGAGCAGCGGAGGGCAGCGGGGGAGGCAUCCUGCCACAACUGGUCAAGAUAGUGUUCGUCCAGACCCUGGCCCGGCUCGAGGUCCCGGUGGCCGUGUGCUACGGAGAGGCCGACCAGGAGCUCGCAGCCCUGGCCAACGAGUGGCAGUGUCCCCUGCUGUCCAAUGACAGCGACUUCUUCAUCUUCGACCUCCCGGCGGGGCUGCUGACCUUCUCGGACUUCGAGUGGGAGGCGGUGCGGCGGAUCGGCUCGCAGAGCUACAUCCCCUGUAAGAGCUACAACACCUCCAGCGCCUGCAUCGUCCUCGACAUCCGGCGCCAGCUCCUGCCCGCCUUCGCAGCCUUAGCCGGGAACGACUACGUGAAGCUGCAGAGGAUGGAGGCGUGCAUCCGCUGGGCUCAGUUCGCUCCGCCAGACUGCGGGACAGCGAGCCACCUGGAGGGGCUGCUCUGCUGGCUGAGGCGCUUCGACCGGCCCCGGGACGCCUUUGAGGCGGCGCUGGGGCUGAUGGGAGAGCUGAGCAGGAAGAGACAAGAGGAGGUGCUGAAGGGCUUAUCGCUGGGGAUGAACGAGUACAAGGUCCCUCCCAGCACCCUGAAAACCUUCUUCAUCCACGGGAAGGUGCCUCCUGCAAAGGAAGAAGUGGCGAGUCUUGUCCCGUCCUGGACCCGGCUGAUGCUGACGCAGGCCCGGCUGGCGCCAGACGUCCUGGACGUGCUGCUGCUGCGGCGGCUGAAACUCAGUAUCCCCGUGGACCACGCCGACAUGCCCAGCGCUCACCGGAUCUCCAGGCCGCUCCGCCAGGUGAUGUACGGGCUGCUGCUGGGAAAGGGGACGGCGGUGACGGAGAGAGACAGAGACGGCCUCCAGCUGAAAUUCAUCCCCGUCCAACCUGUCCUCACAGCGGCCACGAAGGGGCUGAAACUCAACUCACUGGAUAAGGCGGAGCCCUCUCAGCGUCUGCAGGUGUUACUGGAGGCUCUGGGAGUGACUGAGGCCUCUCUGAGCGGCCUGCCGCCGCAGCUGCGCCUCGUGGUGGCUGCCACCUGCUACUGGCUGCGGAGAGCCGAGCCUCCUCCAGAGGAGGCGCUGCUGAAGGCGCUGCUGCUGGGACUGAGCACUGGAGACACGCUGAGACACAGAGCAGAUCUGCGGCUUCGAAAUCACCAACGCAGACAACAGCUGGACGUGGUCGUGAAUCACGCCUUCAACGAAUGGCAGACCUGCCUGAAGGUCGGCUUCCAGCUGAACCAGCUGCUGAACUUCCCGUUACCUGAACCACAGAUCGCCAGGUUGUACGAGGGGACGUUGGUCCACCAGCUGGUCCACAGGAUUAGGGCCGGAACAAAAAUGAGGCUGUUUCCAAAGAACGAUCGCUCGAGUGUGACACUCUACAAAACGAUGCAGGCCGUCGUCCACCAGUUUCACUCUCAGGAGUCGCCGACGCCAUCAGAGACUCUGCAGAGAGCGGCGGCUCCGCAGCGCCAGCCUCUGGACGACCUAACCGCCAACCUGCAGCAGCUGUUCCUCCUGUACGGAGACAGCGACGAGGAGGCUGUGACCGAAGCUCACAGCUCGUUCCGAGUUCAGGAGGAUCUGCAUCUAAACGACACGGUGUCGGUGAAAACUCGCUACAAAGCUAAAAGUCGGAGCAACCGCUGCAAGAACCCAGAAGUGGCCCGUAAGGAGGAUUGCCGCGGCCGAGACCUCCUCUGAGCACAGAUUUCACUUUAAAGGGAGAGUUUGGAUGUUUUUAAGCAACAGUGGCCCUUUUUACACAGAGAUGGCACCGGAGAGUCUCUAUGAAGUCCCGUCUUUCUGCCAAACAACGUCAAACAACGCUGGCACCACGCCGCUCCAGUGAGUGAUUUUAGGCAGCAUGCCGGCAUUGCAGAAAGAAUAGAGGCGUGACGUUUAACACGACAUCAUCGGACUCUAGUGUGACAGACAACAUACGCGUCAGCAGCGCUUAAUAAACAACAACCAAUAAUCACCAAACGUCAAUAACCAUCAUCUCUGUUAUAUAGCGGCGGACCUCGUCCUCUGCUCGUGCGGUAAAGAGCUCAUGAUUGUUUAAACAAUUUUGGCUUCAGCUUAGAGACAUAGUCUCCCCAACGUGUCCCGGGUCUACCCCGAUCCUUUCUUUUUUCUUGAAAACUUUUGCUGAUUGUUUUUUCUUUAAAAAUUUGUGUGCUUUUAAGAAGAUAUGUUG